AUGAUGUUUGAUGUUGUUAGGCGAAGAUCAUUUCAAAUGUUUUUAUUAGGUCGAUGCGUGCAGAAGAAAUUUCGAUAUGGUUCUUCACUUAGGAGAAUUUCUUCCAUUAAGAUGGCACUGCAUUCUGGUGGAUGUGGAAGUGUUCAGAAUUUUUACCAUAGAAGUUCACUUGAAGAAGAUGUGGUUGAUGUUUUGGUCCCUCCAUUGGCAGAAUCUAUUUCUGAUGGAACUUUAGCCAAGUUCUUAAAGAAUCCAGGUGAUAGUGUUAGUGUUGAUGAACCAAUAGCUCAAAUAGAAACAGAUAAGGUUACAAUUGAUGUUCCUAGUCCAACAACAGGCAUAAUUCUAAAGCUUGUAGUCAACGAAGGUGAUACAGUUAAACCAGGUCAUAAGGUAGCUAUUAUUUCAACUUCUGCUGAAGUGAUAGAGCAGGAUUCGUUGUCGUCAUCGUCAUCGUCGUCUUCAUCUUCAUCUGAGAGUGAAUCUGAGGAAGAUUCUCCUCAACCAAGCCAAAAGAUCAUUGAGAAGAAAAAAGCACCUAAUGUUGAGGCUACACCUAAAAGAAUUGAGACUUCAAUUACCACUGCUCCACAACCUCCACCCAAAAAAGGAGAAAGACGAGUUCCCAUGACAAGACUUCGAAAGCGAGUUAUGACACGGUUGAAGGAUUCACAAAACACAUAUGCAAUGCUAACAACUUUCAAUGAACUUGACAUGACUAAUCUGAUGAAGCUUCGUUCUGAUUACAAGGAAGUUUUUGUUGAAAAGCAUGGAGUCAAAUUGGGACUUAUGUCUUGUUUUAUCAAAGCUGCUAUUAGUGCACUCCAACAUCAGCCAAUUGUAAAUGCAGUCAUUGAUGGUGAUGAUAUUGUAUACAGAGAUUAUAUAGAUAUCAGUGUAGCUGUUGCUACUGCAAAGGGACUUGUUGUGCCAGUUAUCCGCAAUGCUGAGAAAAUGGAGUUAGCAGAGAUAGAAAAUCAAAUUAGCUGUUUUGGAAAGAAGGCAAACAAUGGAACUUUAUCAAUUGAUGAGAUGGUUGGAGGCACACUUACAAUAUCCAAUGGUGGUGUUUAUGGGAGCCUCUUGAGUACCCCUAUUAUUAACCCUCCUCAGUCAGCAAUCUUGGGUAUGCAUUCCAUCAUGAGUCGUCCAAUGAUGGUUGGGGGUAAUAUUGUCCCAAGGCCAAUGAUGUACAUUGCUCUAACAUAUGAUCAUAGAAUCAUUGAUGGAAGAGAAGCCGUUUAUUUUCUACGCCACAUCAAGGAUAUUGUGGAGGAUCCUCGUAGAUUGCUACUUGACUUGUGA